CCCAGGGCCCAGGCCGCAAUGCAGUGCUGGCGAUGUGGCAAGCCACAUCGGCCGGAUAGAUGCAAAUUUGUGCAUUAUAAUUGUGAUCAGUGUAAUCAAAGGGGUCACCUAAAAGUGAUGUGUAAACAAGUAAAUAACAGUGAUAAUAGAUGGUCCGGGCGGCACCAUUUCGUGAAUGAGGAGUCGGACGAGGACAUGUUUAACAUUGCGGUCGUAGCACAAGCUGAGUGACGCGGAGGGCGUGUACGUGCGCGCGCGGCCCGUGCCGCUGGCGCUGCGGGCGCGCGUGGAGGCCGAGCUGCAGCGGCUGCAGGCCGACGGCUCGGUGUACCGCGUCCACCACUCAGACUACGGCACCCCCAUCGUACCGGUCGUCAAGGAGAAUGGCGAGGUACGGAUAUGCGGUGAUUAUAAGAUCACAAUUAACCCUAAAUUAAAGAGGGACUUUUACCCUUUACCUCGCAUUGAGGAAUUAUUUGCUAAUUUGAGCGGGGGGGAAAAAUUUUCAAAGAUAGAUUUGAAACAUGCCUAUGAACAGUGUCUUUUAUCUGAAGACUCUCAGCCGUACACGGCUAUCACGACGCACAUGGGUACAUUUGCCUACCGCCGUACCCCGUAUGGGUUAUCGUGCAUUCCAGAAAAAUUCCAAAAGUUAAUGGAAGAGACACUACGAGGGGUGCCUGGUACUGUAGUAUUUUUAGAUGACAUUUGCUAUACGGGUGCUAAUGAAAAAGAGCAUAUAAGUAAUCUCAGGGCUGUACUCGAACGGUUACGUAACAUGGGACUCACUAUUAAACUAAGUAAAUGUGAAUUUAUGAAAAAUGAGGUCAAAUACUUGGGCUUUAUAAUAGAUAAGGAUGGCUUGAGGCCUGAUCCAACGAAAUUAGAGGCCAUUUCCAGUGCGCCACGACCUGAAGAUGUAUCGCAAUUAAAAAGUUUUUUAGGGAUGUUAAAUUAUUAUGGAAAAUUCAUCCCUAACCUGAGUAGCUUACUUCAUCCAUUACAUAAUUUGUUAAGAAAGGAAGCGAGCUGGAAAUGGGACUCAUUAUGUGAUAAGGCUUUUUUAGAGGCGAAACAGGCUUUGCUGAGUGAACGUGUACUAGCCCACUACGAGGAGGGGCGGGCCGUGGUGCUGUCGGUGGACAGCAGCGCGUACGGGCUGGGCGGCGUGCUGGCGCACCGCUACGAGGACGGCUCCGAGCGCCCCGUCAGCUGCGUGUCGCGCACGCUCAGCCCGGCCGAACGUAAUUAUAGUCAGCUCGACAAGGAAGCACUAGCUAUAUUUUACGGAAUUACCAAACACCAUCAGUACCUAUUUGGCCGUCGAUUCAUUUUACGAACGGACCAUCAGCCGUUGAGUUACAUUUUUGGGGCUAAAGGGGGUAUUCCUCAGACGGCGGCUAGUCGCCUUCAGAGGUGGGCAGCUCGUUUAGCUGCGUAUGAUUUUACAGUCGAAUUUGUUAGAUCGGCGGACAAUGGCCCGGCCGACGCAUUAUCGCGUUUACCGUUACCUCAGCAAGGUCGUGUAAAGGACGUUGUUAACUAUAUAAACUUGAUUGAGGAGUCAUUGCCUAUAAGUUUCCAUGACAUUGCUAAAGAGACCAAGAAAGAUGUGUUGCUAAGUAAAAUCUAUGGUUAUGUUUUAUUUGGUUGGCCGUCGAACACCACUUGCGAGGAAGAAAAACCAUAUUUUGCGCGUAAACAUGAACUAACAAUUGACUUAGGUUGUCUAAUUUAUAAGUACAGAAUAGUGAUACCGGGCACUUUACAUAAAAAGAUUUUAGAAGAAAUUCAUGAGGGCCACUUGGGUAUAAAUAAAAUGAAAAAUUUAUCACGAAAUUAUGUUUAUUGGUCUACUUUAGAUCGAGAUAUAGAAGAUAUUUGUAAAAUGUGCAGCGCGUGCCGCGCGGUCCGCGACGCGCCCCCGCGCGCCCCGCUGCACCCCUGGGAGUUCCCACUCAACCCGUGGCAAAGAGUUCAUGCGGAUUUCGGGGAAUGUGGAGGUAAAAAGUACCUAAUAAUAGUGGAUGCACACUCCAAAUGGAUUGAAGCCAUUAUGAUGCGUAGUACAGAUUCGCGAUCGACAAUAGCCGCAUUCAGAUCAGUUUUUGCAUCACAGGGUUUACCCUCGCAAUUGGUGACCGAUAAUGGCCCGCCGUUCUUUAGUUUAGAGUUUAAGGAAUUUUGUGAAAAGAAUUGCAUUCAACAUGUAACGUCAGCUCCUUAUAGGCCGCAAGGUAACGGGGCGGCAGAGAAUGCCGUAAAAACAAUAAAAAAAUGUUUAAAACGGGCUUUACAUGAGGGGGAGGACGUUGCUACCGCUUUAUCAAAAUUUCUUUUGCAAUACCGUAACUGUCCCCAUGCAACGACGGGGGUGGCCCCGGCGGUCGCGUUGAUGGGGCGGCGCCUGCGCUCGCGGCUGGACGCGCUGCGCCCCGACGUGGCGGCCGCGGUGCAGCGCGCGCAGCGGCGCCAGCAGCAGAACGCGCCGGGCUCCCCGCGCCCCGCGCUGCUCCCGGGGGACACCGUGCUGGCCAGGGAUUACUCCGCGCGGGGGGGGAAGUGGACAGAAGGGAAGCUAGUCGAACAAACCGGACCAGUUUCGUACAAAGUUGACGUAGGUCGAGAGGUACAAUGGCGGAGACAUUCGGAUCAGCUGAUUCCAGUAAAUAGAAACCGAUAUUCAUUAACGCGGGCUAAUGCUAAUGUAGUUGCCAAUGACUCGGUAGAAGUUGAUAAGGAUGCUGACGUUACAUUUGAGGAUGCGUCAGAGGGUGAAGGGGACACGGCGGCGGCUGACCAUAAUAGCCCGGUCGGUGGCAGUAACAGUAAACAAGUGACGUCACCGCCGCCGCAUCAGCUGUUGCCCUCCGACAUGUCGGCCCGAGCGUUGCGCGCUCUCAAUAGGGCUCAACGAAUUAAUAAGAAUAAUAACUAAGUACCUACCAACUUAAAACAGAAAUAACUUCAUUUGUUUACGUUGUUAUGAUGUAGUGUGUUAAAUUGUUAAU